CGUGCCGUGCCGCUUUGCAUGCUGGGCGAUUCGGUCUCCGCGCACAUCCCACUCCAGUGCUCGGUCGGUGCGCAGGCGCAGUGUCUCAUCCCUUGGCCCGUGUCCGGCCGCAGCGGGAGGCCCGGGAGUGUGCCGCGGAGGCCAUGGCGCUGAACAGGAACCACUCGGAGGGCGGCGGCGUGAUUGUCAAUAACAGCGAGAGCAUUUUGAUGACCUAUGACCACAUAGAAAUUGCAUUCAGUGAUAUGGAAAACAUGCCAGAUGCCUUCAAAGGGACCAAGAAAGGAAGUGUCUUCUUGACUCCAUUUAGAGUUAUCUUUGUGUCCAAGGGAAAGGAUCCCAUGCAGUCUUUCAUGAUGCCCUUUUAUUUGAUAAAAGAUUGUGAGAUUAAACAGCCUGUCUUUGGAGCAAAUUAUAUCAAGGGGACAGUGAAAGCAGAGACAGGAGGUGGCUGGGAAGGAUCUGUAAUGUUCAAAAUGACUUUUUCAGCUGGGGGCGCUAUUGAGUUUGGACAGCGUAUGCUGCAAGUGGCAUCUCAAGCCUCUAGAGGGGAAGCUCCCAAUGGAGCCUAUGGUUAUUCCUACAUGCCGAAUGGAGCUUACGCCUUUGCGCCACCUGCAGCCAAUGGGGUGUACGGUCCCCCUCCGCCAGGAUACCCCUACCCACCACCACCUCCUGAGUUUUACCCUGGUCCCCCCAUGAUGGAUGGAGCCAUGGGUUACAUGCAACCUCCACCACCUCCUUACCCUGGGCCCAUGGAGCCUCCAGUCAGUGGCCCAGACCUUCCUUCCACUCCUGCAGCUGAAGCGAAGGCUGCAGAAGCUGCUGCCAGUGCUUAUUACAGUCCAGUCAACCCUCAUAAUGUCUACAUGCCCACAGACCAGCCUCCCCCUCCUCCUUACUUCCCACCAGAGGACAAGAAGACCCAAUAAGCUGAAAAGGAACCUCUCUAUGAUGCAUUGCUUCCUUAUUUUCCAUCUAGCUGAAUCUUGGGGUGGGGUGUACAGCUUUAAGGAGUCAUAGUCUUCCCUCGAGGCAGGUAGAUAGACACACACACACACACAGAGUGAAGGAAGAGAUUUAAAAUGUUCUGGACUAUCACUUACAACCCUGAGGGUUUUAUCCCUGCUGUCAAAUUCCUGCUUUCCCUGUGCCCAGUGAUAGCUAGAAUAUCCGUGACAGUUUCUCUUGCAUCCCUUCUCCACCAGUACACUUAAUAUAGUCCUCCGUUGAAUGAGGUGACUGUUCCAAUUUUAAAGCUAACAGAUCCCUAACACUGAAACAAGACUUGUCUUAACUCUAAAGAAUUCCCUUCAGCCUAGCGCAUCUCAUCUAGCUUUCAUCUGCUCCACAAUUGCAUGGGGGAGGCUGCGGCGGCUGCUUUGGGCUUCAGAAGGAAACUGAUACCUAUUGCACUUCUGUCCAGUGCUUAGGAAACUUCCCUCAGCAGGGACACCUGAAAUAUUGCUGUACCCCCACAAAGUGCACUGUUGCGUCCUAUCUUGGUGCAGUCAAGUUUGAUCUUUUGAGGAAAUGUUUGACUCUCCUUACAAGGCUGUGUAGUGGCACCUACCUAUACCUUGGGUCUACUGGGGCAUUAGAAUGUCCUGCUGUCUCUUUCCCAGUAAGAUGUGGGUCUUAGAUCAGUAAUCCUGGCCAUUCCUUUUCUAGUCAUUAAUGCACCUUGGGUUUUUUUUCUUUCCAAUAACGCAAGCUGCGCUUUCUGACCAGUGACACAUCUUACUGCUGUGAUUAGACUGUUCAGUUGAGGUGGGUGUGGCAAUAGUUGUGUAAACUCCACCCUGGAAGGAUUUGGGAAUUGUGUGUGUCGUUCUGACUUGGAUGGGAGAGCAUUUUUCCCCUGACCUGGUGGAGCUGAAACAUCAUCAUACUCUGCUUUCCUGAUGCUUCCACCCACCCCUGCAAAAUGGUUCCCAGAUGCAUCCUCUUCUGCUAGUAUAACCGGGAGCAUGUGGAAAAGACUCGCAGACUGAUGACUCUGUUCUAUGUUUCAUUCCCUUUGUGAGACUGAAGAAGGUCUUGUUGCACCCUGGAAAGACUGAGGGCCUGAUUCUUCUCUCAUGUUGGUUUUAACUUCAUUGUAAUGUCAUCAAAUUCGUUACUGCUCAUUUUUUCAGGAGGGAGAUCAGAAUCUGACCCCAAGAGGGCUGCGUGUCCUAGAUUUCCUUCAACAGAAGGAAACACAAGUGCUGAGAUUCCUGGUCUCUGGAGUGCCGAGUUACCAAGCCAGCGUCUCUCUAGUCGCUGACAGGAGGCCCUCCUCCAACACUUCAGAACAGAUUUGAUUCCUGAACGUCCUGGCUUGUUUGGCGUACUCAAGCUGAGUUGAGCUCCGUGAUGAAAGUUCACAUGCCAGUCCUGUCUUUCCGAGUUAGCAGCAGUUGCAAAUCACCUCCCACCGCUAUAGCAAUGGCACUCCAAGCAGAAGUAUGUAGAACAAUGUGUUCACUUGCAGUUGGAUUUAAUUUUUGGAACUAGCCCUUCGGUGCUGGUUAUCCAGGAGAAAGCAAUGUAGCACAGCUUAAGAACAUUCCUUUUUUUCAUCACUGGACCGUUGGUUAGUGUUCCCAGACCAGCUAUUAAUUUAAUUAUAAAUAACACUAAUCUUGCGCUUUCACAUGGGCUUUUCAGCUCCAUUAGGGAUUCAAGCAUGCUUGUUCCAUAAUGUCAUUUUUUUAUAUUGAUUUCAGUAGCAGUCACUGCAGUACUUGGAACCUCUGUGGGACUGAUCAGUAACCGGCUGUGGGAGAAUCCUGCAGACUUACAUAUGAAUCAGAUUUGUAGAUUUCCUUUGGGAGAGCAGUGCACAGCUCUUCCAAGCAAGUGUGCUGAAAGAUGUGCUAAGGAAGCUUGCUGAAGUUUACUGCAUGCAACGUGCACGAAAAACAGGGCCCACCUCCUGUUUCCUUUUAGUUUGAUCUCCUGAAAGCUUUCUAGCUGACUGCUCACAUUGCUGCUCUGUGCACUGACUUUUCUAGACUUGCUGUUGAAAUUGCAGUGAUGUAAAGAAAUGGGUAUUUUAAAAAAAGUAUUUAUUUUGAAGUUGAAUUAAUAUAUAAAUGUUUAAAAAAGUUCUGAAUGCAGAUUUUGUUUUGCUGAGACUGUGAAGUAAAGAUAAAUUCGCUUGAU